AUGACCAAACACCAUUUCUCAGUGAAAGGCAAUAGAGCCAAUGAACCUUUGGAGCUUAUACACGGCAAUAGAACAAAGCAUGAUCCCAUGGAAAUUGCUUUUGAGAUAAUGAAAUCUCUACAUGAGGCUACUAGAACCUACAUGACUAGUAAGAUGAAGACAGGUGUUUUUAUACUUGAGUCAUCAAGGGAACUUGUUGAUGGCGAGGUGACUAUGCAAGUUGGAAGUGGUGUGAUCGUUUUGUCAAGAGCAAAGGGAACAUCAAGAUAUGAUCAUACUUACAUAAUGCUUGGGAAAUAUGAAACCUUUGGUAAGUUUCAAGAGUUCAAAUCUGAGGUUGAAAAGAUAUUAGGCAAAGUUACACAAACUAAUCGGGCGAAAUUGUUCAACCUUGUCUGCAUUCUCCACUCUGGGCAUGAUAGUAGCAGUAGUAGUAGUAGGAGUAGUAGUAGUGGUAGUAGUAGUGGUAGUAGUAGUAGUAGUAGCAGUAGUAGUGGCAGUAGUAGUAGUAGCAGUAGUAGUAGCAGUAGUAGCAGCAGUAGUAGUAGUGGUAGUAGGAGCAAUAGUAGUAGCAGUGGUAGUAGCAGUAGUAGUAGCAGUAGUGGCAGCAGUAGUGGUAGCAGUAGUGGUAGCAGUAGUGGUAGCAGUAGUGGUAGCAGUAGUGGUAGCAGUAGUGGUAGCAGUAGUGGUAGUAGUAGUGGUAGUAGUAGUGGUGGUAGCAGUGGUAGCAGUCGUAGCAUUGGUAGAAGUAGUCGUAGCAGUAGUGGUAGUAGUAGUGGUAGUAGUAGUGGUAGUAGUAGUAGUAGUAGUAGUAGUAGUGGUAGUAGUAGUAGUAGUAGUAGUAGUAGUAGUAGUAGCAGUAGUAGUAGUGGCAGCAGCGAUAGUAGUAGUGGCAGCAGCGGUAGUAGUAGUGGCAGUAGUGGCAGUAGUAGUGGUAGUAGUAGUAGUAUCAGUAGUGGUAGCAGUAGUGGUAGUAGUAGUGGUCGAAGUAGUAGUAGCAGUAGUGGUAGUAGUAGUGGUGGUAGUAGAAGUAGUAGUAGUAGUAGUAGUAGUAGUGGUAGUAGUAGUAGUAGUAGUAGUAGUAGUAGU